AUGGAGGCUUCCUUGGAAAGUCGUUUACGUUUACUCCAAGAAAAGCUUCGUUUUCUUUGCCCUAAUGAUCAUCAAACAGAGCCAUGUGCGGCGGCUUCACCAUCUCCUUCACUAAUUGUCGAUAAUCAUCAUCGACAGAAGACUGAAGAGCCAUCAGCGAAUCAUCUGGAACAAGAUAAGAGGCAGAGCCAUGCUGUUUACUCAGGCUUCCCAAUCCCAACUGAUUUAUCCAAGUCUUCGUCUCCGUUGAUGAAUCAUCCUCCCAACUGUUCAAUCCUUCUCUAUAACCAUGAUAACGCUACUUUUACCCAAUUGCCUUCCUCCUUUCACCAACCGGCGGCGAUAUCGCAUGAUUCCGCACGGUUCGGUAACAUUGAACUUCCUCCUCUGAUGCAGACACAAAGCCAGUUUGAUCAGAAGGCUUCGUGGAAUCAGGGUUUUGGUUACUCUGAUUUAUUACUUGAGGGACAAGGAUUUGAGGGCAUGUGA